GUAUAGAUCCAGCAGAUAAUGCGAGAGCUCCAUUCAAUGAGGAGAUUACUAUUAAGGCAAAUUGGAAAUUAACUAAUUUGACUGAUGGUACAGAACAAGCCAAUUUGGUAGCUGUAAACAGACGUACAACUAUUCAGAUAAAUGCUGAUAGAUUAAAUGAGAUACUUAGACAAUCUGGAAAUACAAUAGUAAAAUUAAAACUGUAA